AUGGGUCGGUUCAAGGAGAUAGAGGGACUUGGUUGUCUUAGUUUUUUAUGUUCAAUUUCACUAAUGAAUGAUACCGUUGCAUUGUUUAGGAGUAUAAAAUUGGUGGUCUCUAUCACGGGCAAUGUACAAAUAAAUCUGAUAUGCUUAAGAGCAGUACUUUCUUCUAAUAGAUUCAGUAAGAGAGCAUGCUCACAAUCUAUCUUUGUAAAUCGACAUACUUUAAGAGUAUUGAGUUCUUUCGAUGGUAAAGAUAAUCGUUUCAGAUUUACAAGAUAUUUACAGCAAAAAUCUAUGAAACCGGACAGAGGUUUCAAAAUAUCAAACAUUAAGAAUGCAUUUUAUGUAAAAAAUAUUAUGAGUUUUAGAAUAUUGAUGACAAGUGAGAUGUCUUGUACAGUUGUGGAAUAUACUAAAAUUAUAUUUGUGUUCAGUGCUGAGUUUGUUUUUGCUUAG